AUCAAUGGAAGACAUCUGGUUCUACACCUCUCUGUCACUCGUCUUCCUCCUCUUCACCUUCAAGUCCCUCUCCCAACCCCAACACCGCCGUUACAAGAACCUCCCGCCAACCCCGUCUUCACUUCCAAUCCUCGGCCAUCUCCACCUCCUCAAACCUCCAGUCCACCGCACCUUCCACCGCCUCUCCCAAACCUACGGCCCCAUCUUCUCUCUCUGGUUCGGCUCCCGCCGCGUCGUCAUAGUUUCCUCCCCCUCCGCCGUCGAAGAAUGCUUCACCAAAAACGACAUCGUCCUAGCCAACCGCCCUCGACUCCUCCUCGGCAAGUACAUCGGCUACAACUGGUCCACCGUGGUCGCCUCACCCUACGGCGAACACUGGCGCAACCUCCGCCGCAUCGGCGCCAUCGAGAUCUUCUCAUCCCAACGUCUCAACAUGUUCUCCGAUAUCCGAAAAGUCGAGGUCAAGCACUUGGUCCGUAAGCUGGCUCGGAACUCGAGUUCGGGAGACUUCUCCAAGGUGGAAAUGAAGUCCAUGUUUAACGAGCUCACCUUCAACAUCAUCAUGACGAUGGUGGCGGGGAAGAGGUACUACGGCGACGGCGUAGACGUCUCGGACAAGGAGGAGGCCAAGCAGUUCAGGGAGAUCAUGAGGGAGGCUUUUUCGUACGGCGGGGCGGCUAAUCCGGCGGAUUUCUUACCUAUCUUGAAUUGGACAGGGGCUGGUGGGUACGAGAAGAAAGUGAGGGAGUUGGGGAAGAAGGCUGAUGCGUUUCUUCAAGGUUUGAUUGAUGAGCAUAGAGGAACUAAGAGAAACACCAUGAUUGAUCAUUUGCUUUCUCUUCAAGAAUCACAGCCAGAGUACUACACCGAUCAAAUAAUCAAAGGGCUUAUAGUGGUAUUACUAUUGGCCGGAACUGAUACAUCAGCAGUGACAUUGGAAUGGGCAAUGGCCAAUCUUCUUAACCAUCCACAUGUGUUGAAGAAAGCUAGAACGGAAUUGGAUUCUCUUCUCGGUCCAGAUCGCUUGGUGGACGAACCUGAUGUCCCAAAACUACCUUACCUACAAAGCAUUGUGUCUGAGACUCUCCGACUCUACCCUGCGGCCCCACUUUUAGUGCCACAUUUAUCGUCUGAUGACUGCGUCAUUGGUGGAUUUGACGUGCCACGCGACACAAUGGUGUUGAUCAAUGCAUGGGCUAUACAUAGAGACCCUGAGGUGUGGGAGGAUCCCGAAAGCUUUAAGCCUGAGAGGUUUGAAAGAGGUGAGGGUGAGUCGCAAAAGCUCAUGCCGUUUGGGCUUGGACGAAGAGCUUGCCCCGGAGCAGGCCUGGCACAACGUGUGCUAGGCUUGACUCUAGGGUCGUUGAUACAAUGCUUCGAAUGGGAGAGAGUUGAUGAAACAGAGAUUGAUAUGACAGAAGGAAAAGGACUCACCAUGCCUAAAGCGGUGCCCUUGGAAGCUAUGUGUAAGGCACACCCCAUUGUGAACAAAGUUCUCACUUGAGCUAUAUAUCAACAGUUUGAAGUUUUUGUGUUGACGUUGCAUGACUGGUUUCGCACAACAUGACCAGAACAUUCUGAAUCUCGUUGGGCAGAUGUAAUAGAAAUCCAACUGUUUCUUUUUGUAUGUAAAUAUGUAAUUAAGCUUUUGCAGAUUUUGUU